AAUCACACUAGACCUCGCAACUCACAAAAUGCGACUUGUAUAUCCCUUUUCCCGUUUCCCCAUAAUCACCAUCUCAUCCAAACUGCGUUCCAACUUGCAGACCUCAAAAAAAAGCAGCAGCAAUGGGCCGUUCUCUACUCUCUCAUUUCAGUAUGGUCACUUAUUCUGCUCCUCGCUUCGCCUCUUCCACCAGGUCACGCGGAUUAAGUUUAGGUAAAUACUUGAGAAGACCACAGCUAAUUCGUCAACAUAAUUUACAAGCCGGUCGAGAUUUUCGGUGCCUUUGCAGUGUAGCUGUCUCUGAACCUGUUAAUUCUGAGUCUUCUUCAAACCCUGUAAAGAAGAGAAUAGUCUCCGGUGUUCAGCCUACAGGAUUGAUACAUUUGGGAAAUUAUCUUGGUGCCAUAAAGAACUGGAUACGCUUGCAGGAUACACAUGAGACAUUCUUCUUCAUUGUGGACCUUCAUGCGAUAACUUUGCCAUUUGACGCACAACAAUUGCUAAGGUCAACAAGGGAUACAGCAGCUAUUUAUUUAGCAUGUGGUGUGGAUCCUUCUAAGGCUUCAGUCUUUGUGCAGUCUCAUGUCCGUGCUCAUGUAGAGUUGAUGUGGCUUUUGAGUUCUGCAACACCUAUUGGUUGGCUCAACAGGAUGAUUCAAUUUAAAGAGAAAUCACGGAAGGCGGGGGAUGAAAAUGUGGGUGUUGCCCUUCUAACCUAUCCUGUGCUAAUGGCUGCUGAUAUUCUUCUGUACCAGUCUGAUUUUGUCCCUGUUGGAGAGGAUCAGAAGCAACACCUGGAGUUGACACGAGAGCUGGCUGAGCGUGUUAACUAUUUAUAUGGAGGAAGGAAGUGGAAGAAACUGGGAGGGAGAGGCGGUUCAAUCUUCAAGGUUCCUGAACCUCUUAUUCCACCCGCUGGGGCUCGAAUCAUGUCCCUUACUGAUGGUCUUUCCAAGAUGUCGAAGUCAGCACCAUCUGAUCAGUCGAGAAUCAAUUUGCUAGAUUCAAAAGAUGUAAUAGCAAAUAAAAUAAAACGGUGCAAGACUGAUUCGUUUCCUGGCAUGGAGUUUGACAAUCCGGAAAGACCUGAAUGUAACAAUCUUCUUUCUAUUUAUCAGCUAGUUACAGGCAAGACCAAGCAGGAGGUUGCAGAAGAAUGCAGAGAUAUGAAUUGGGGAACGUUCAAACUCGUGCUUACAGAUGCUUUAGUUGAUCAUCUACACCCUAUCCAGGCACGCUAUGAGGAAAUUGUAUCCGACACGAGUUACUUGGAUGGAGUCUUGGCAGAGGGAGCCAGAAAAGCAGCAGAUGUAGCCGAUGUUACUGUCAAUAAUGUCUACCAGGCAAUGGGAUUCUUGAGGAGAUGAGCAUAACCAAUGCUGCAUGAACCCAAUCGCAGAGGUCAAUGAGAUAGCAACUUUUAAAAAUAACUUACGAACAAUGUAUAUUUCCCUUAGAUUCCUGGAUUUGCCUGUCAAUUUGUGAGGUGCAAAGAAAUGUGAUAUUUUUAAGGCGGGCAUGCUACACUAUUGAUGGGGUUUGAACCAUUACUGCUCUUGGUAGGCAGAGAGCUCACUCACCAAGUGAGCUACCCCUUAUCUCGUGAAUUUGUUGUUACAUUUGAUUUCUUUCUUUAUACAUUAGUGCAUUUUUGUAGAUCUUAAUGGAGGAUGUACUGCUGAUUUUGCCAUUUUUGUUUAUUCACAAUGUAUAACUAAUUUUUAUACUC